CUUUGAAUAUCCGUCUGAGUCAUCAAUGGGUGACAUUGGUGUCCCUAAGUCCUGGGACCGUUUAGGUGACACUAAAUGGUACCGAGUGGAGACCUCGACCAAAAAGGUAUACUACUACAACCGAUGUACAAAGGAGUCACGAUGGGAAAUGCCGGAUAUCGGCAUUCCGGAGAAACCUUCUUCCGAUUCAGCUGGAAGCAUAUCAGCGGACGACUUGAAUAACUUCAAAUCGCUCAUCAAAGAGCUGAAUCUACCUGCCAGUACCAGAUUCGACGAGGCACUGCCUAAGCUACUGUUCGACUCCAGGUUUACACGUAUCCCGCAGCCAGAGCGCAGGAGAGUAUUUCAACAGUGUCAGCGUGACAUUGUACGUGAAUCAAGUCGGUCUAUAGGUGAAAUCGUGAAGAGCUAUGGCGUGGAAGUGGACAACUCCAACAAUGCCAAGGCGUUACCGGUUAAACGUUCGAGAGGUGAUAGGUUAACUGAACCGGAUAGGCCCGGUAUAGAAUCCAAUGCACAGCGCUCUAGGAAACCCAGGAUAGAAGUCCAAUCGCGUGAAUCUCUAGCAGCCUCCAUGGCUCAUAAUGCUUUCAUGAGCAUGUUACAUGAGCGCAUACGUAUGCCGUUUUUGGAUGGUGAAAUAGUACCACUGGACGACGACUUGUUGCAAGGUGACCCUAGGGCUGAGGGUUGCAGCGCAAAAGACCGCAAAGUCCUCUAUGACAAGUUCGUUUCAGAAUUCCUGGAGGCUAGAUUGGCCCUAUUCGACCAGAAGCUCAGUAACAUAGGCAGCGAGCAGGUGUCUAGCUCCCUGGAUGAGGUUAUAAAACUCGUUGGAGAGAGGCUAUUCCACGAUUUGCCUAGACAGCGUCUGCAGGUGGUAUUCAACCGUUGGAAUGACGUAGUUAAGGCUGAGCUUCUGGAUGACUUUAAUCUCCUUUUGCGCCAGACUGUGUGUCACCACGACGGCAGUCUUGAGGAGAAUCUAACGCGCAUAAAAUCGCAACUACGUAACGACCCUAGGUACCGCAGGUUGGGUGUGUUCCGUGAGGAGCGUGAUAGGCUUGUGAUGCAGCGCCUGAGUGAGCUGGAAUCUGAGCACAUAAAGAAUCGUCAUUAAUUAUUGUUUAUCUUCCAGUGU